AUCCAAAUAUAUAUAUAAACUUACAGUCUAAGACACUUCAAGUGCAUGUAAUCUUUAAAUACUGAGAAGGAAAUUUAAAUAUCUAUUAUUAUUAAAAAAGCCCUCGUACAUAGAAAACCAUUUAAAACGAAUCUUGGCUAUCUUUAUAUGUUUGCUAGCACAUCGUGUCUCAUCAGUAACACUUUAAAGUAGCUUCGGUAAUGAUAGCUAAUUUCUAAAAAAUUAACACAAUUCUUACAAUGUCAACGAGUGUGAACCAACAAGAUGCUGAAUCAAAGCCAGCCCAAAAAACCAUGAAUAUUGGUCAUGAAUAUGAAGAAGUUCUUGAACUGAUCGGAUUUGGACGCGUGCAGUGGAUUAUACUGUUAGCAUCAGGACUGUUGCUUAUGAUGGUCAUAAAUGAGACCAUGGGUAUGUCAUAUAUAACGAUUGUAUCCCAGUGCGACUUUGAAACAAAUUCAAUAUACAAGGCCAUCAUGAGUGCUGCUAGUUUUAUCGGAAUUUUUAGCUCUUCGUACUUCUGGGGUUAUCUAAGUGAUGCCAUUGGCCGUAAGCCAGUUCUGAUAUAUACGACGUUAUGUGGAAAUCUUUUGUCAUUAAUAUCGAUCAUUAUUCCAAAUUUCUGGAUUUAUGUGGUGGCUCGAUUUUUGGUUGGAUUUUUUAUAGCAGGUGCUUCUUCGACUACAUAUGCAUAUCUUGGAGAAUUUUUUACUCCCCGGUAUCGACCAAUAGUUAUUAACUAUGCAAGUCUGUUUGUCGGCAUUUCUACAAUUUAUGUGCCAGCUAUUGCUUGGCUUGUUAUGUCAAUGGACUGGACUGUGGAAGUGACUGAAAACUUUAUGUUUCGCCCUUGGCGAUUGCUUACUGUAUUUUAUCUAAUUCCUGGACUGAUAGGAACUAUACUGCUGAUAAAAAUGCCAGAAAGUCCAAAGAUUUUACUAUCGAUGGGUAAAAUCGAUGAUGCGUUUAGCGCCGUAGAGUGGAUCGCCUUAAAAAAUAUUGGAAAACAUCUCCGUGACCUUAAAGUUGAGACACUAAAAUGUGAUGUACUUUCAGACAGAGAAAACAUCCUGAAUGUUUCCAACUUACCAACGGUGUCCAUCAAAAAAAUGUGGGAAGAAACUCUACCACUGCUCAAAAGGCCGCAUUUAAAAAACUUUGGCAUAAGCUGCAUUGUUAUGUGUGGCCUCUUCUUCAGCUCCUCGGGCAUGGGCUUGUGGUAUCCAGAAAUACUUAAUCGGUUGGAAUCGUCCGUCACUGAAGAUGCAAUGACUGUUUGUGACGUGAUCGAUGCUUCUGUUAAUCAGCGGCAUGUCAACAUAACCACAGAUAUUUGUAAUGAUCAAAUCAAUACAAAGAGCUACAUCGAUACGAUUACAUACGGAUCAUCUUUAAUUAUAGGAUAUGUUGUAAUGGGUUUUGUUAUUAAUCAAAUCGGGCGCAAAGCAUCCAUUACACUGGGACUAACCAUUGCUGCUGGUUGCGCUCUUUCGUUAAUAUGGAUUAAAAAUGAAGUUGUUAUAAUAGUCUGCUUUUGCUUGUACCUGGUAUUACCGGGCUUAUGUAUAUCGGUGUUAAGCGGGGUCGUGGUAGAUCUCGUCCCCACAAAACUAAGAGGCAAGGCCGUUUGCAUCUGCUUAAUGCUAGGACGCACAGGAAGUGUUUUUGGCAGCAACAUCAUUGGUAUACUUCUCGAAUCGUAUUGCCAUAUAACAUUUGGAUUAUUCUCUGGAUUUGUUUUGGUUUGUGCGUUGUUGGCCUUUAUUUUACCAAUGUCAGCGAUGAAACAGUACUAAUGGCAAUAGCAUACUGAGAAAAUUCAAUUCAUUUAAGAUAAAUAUAUGCUUCAAUGCUUAACUUAUGUCAUUAUAUCAAAUUAAUAUAAUAAUAAACAGGAGUGAUAUUGUGAUAUUGAUACAUACAUGCACAGAAAUAUAUUCACACACGCUUAUUUCUCACUUUAUGAAGAGGCUGACCAUGGCCUGCAAUAUAGGAAAUUAAUUGUGGAACAUCAGAGUUAUUCAGAGCUAAAUAUUGAAAUCUAA